AUGAAAUAUUCACGACAAUCGAUAUCGUUAAGGGUCGAAAAAGCCGGCGGCGCUUGGUGUCCAAAACAACAAGUCGAAAAAGGUGUCAGAGAAUACCUUCAAAUCGAUUUGGAACAACUUCACGUUCUUACGGGAGUUCAAACUCAAGGUCGUUACGAUCACGGCCGAGGACAGGAAUACAUGGAAGAAUACACUCUGGAAUACUGGAGACCGGGUUUUGAUAAAUGGAGAGAAUAUCAUCGUUGGGAUGGCAAACAGAUUAUAAGCGGAAACACGGAUACGGAAACUGUGGUCAGCCAUCGUUUAAUGCCAACGGUCUACGCCACAAGAAUUCGAAUUCUUCCAUAUAGCGUUCACCGUCGAACUGUUUGCUUAAGGGUUGAAAUAAAAGGUUGCCAAACAGGGGCUAUACAUUAUUCGACUACUGCCAUGACAUUUAAUUUCAUUUACGUGUCAGGGUUUUCACCUCAAAACCGAGUUAACGGAUUUUUGGUCAACGGUUUGGGUAGGCUCGUGGAUGGUGAAUUAGGUGGAGAUAAUUUCAGAUUGGAUAUCGGAUACGGAAAGGGAAACGGUUGGGUUGGCUGGAAAAAAACAUCCUUCCCUAAAAAAUACAUAGAAAUAACAUUCGAAUUUGAUGAAAUAAGAAAUUUUACUGCGAUUCAUUUAUUCACGAAUAAUUUUUUUUCGAAAGAAGUACAGGUUUUUGCAAGAGCUAAAAUAUUUUUUAGUUUCGGUGGAAAAUUUUUUAACGGUCGGCCGAUAAUUUACACUUACAUGCCGGAUAAAGUUUUGGAAAUUGCUAGAAACGUAUCGAUACAUUUACACGGAAGAGUUGGAAAAUUCGUCAAAAUCCAUUUAUUUUUUUCGAAUAAAUGGAUUAUGUUAAGCGAAGUUACUUUCGAAUCCGAUAUUUUAUACGAUGGUAAUUUCACCGAAGAAAUGGAAUUAAAUUCCGAAGACGAUGAUGAUAUUUUUGUCAAAUUUGGUAAUUCGGAUUUGAGUUUAAAUUCGUUAGAAACGAUUGCCGCAAGAAAAGAAGGACAGAGUUACGUCGAAGUUAUCAUUGGUGUUUUAACCGCCAUGGUUUUGCUACUACUCAUCGUUUUCGUCAUAAUACUUUUAUUGAGCAGAAGACAAAAACUACAGGGAUCACCGACACUAUUGAGAAAUCCGUUCGGAGUCACGAUUAACAUGAAAGAUCUCCUCAUGAAUUUGACGCCGUCUAGCAAUUCUGGAAUCGUUGCACCUACGUCACAAGAUCCUCAGGGUGGUAGUUCACCCUUAAGUUUCGAACAAUAUAGAUCACCAUUGGUCACUGCAUAUAACGGAUUAAAUUAUGCCACUUUACAAAGCAACAACGAUGAACCUGAAUUACCCGUCGAUAAAAUUGAAAAUUCAGAUGAAAAAAAUUUAUCUCCUCCACCGUCACCUAAAAAUUCCGACGAUGAUUAUUCUCCCUCGAGAACGGGUUACUCAACGAAUUAUUCUUCUCAAACUAAUAAAAAUUUAACUUCGAUACUUUCAACUCCUUUCAUUCAAACAAAUGAAUUUAAUUCGAUGAACUCGCAAAAAAAUAACAAUGGUGGUAAUGGUGGUGGUGUUGGAACAUUUACGGGUUUGCUUUAUAAAACGCAUCAAACUACAACUGCUAUCGCUACAAGAGGUCAAAUAUCACCGGUUAACGGUCUUACUCAGAGAUUUAAUACAGUUGAAGGAAAUCAAAGGAAAAGAUGUCACACAGCUCCCAGAGAAAAACACAGAGUACCACCCCCGGUUGUUUCGUGGAACAUUGCUCCAAGCAUGGGACAAACUUAUAAAUGUAAAGAAGCAGAAUUAGUGCCAAUUCCUAGAUAUUGUCUUAAAAUUACAGAAAAAGUAGGAACUUUGGGAACCAAUUAUUCAAUUAAAGUAGCCGAUAUAGCUAUGUGUUCACCCAUGUACAAAAAAGAUUACAGCGAAAUAGGAGGUCGUCCUCCAGCACCAAUUAGAUGGUUGCCUUGGGAAAGCAUUUUACUAGACCGAUACACGUGCUCUAGUGGAGUGUGGUCUCUAGCUGUAACUAUUUGGGAAGUCGUAAGUUUAGCGAGAGAAAGGCCUUUUCAACAUAUGACCAACGAAGAAGUUAUACAAAACGCUGAGCAUAUGUACUACGGUGAAGAAUUAAAGGUUUUACUUCCUAAGCCGACAUUGUGUGAUAAUGAAUUGUACAAUAUGUUAUGUCACUGUUGGAAAAGAGAUGAAUCGGAGAGGCCAACGGUUAAAAAAAUUUAUAAUUUUCUAAAAGGACAUAAUUUAGGAUAUGACCCAUCAAUGCACUGA